UCUCUUCGUCGAAAAGAGACCUCCAAGAGUUUUAUACACAAUCUUCCUGGCACUCCCACAGGGCUUACGUUGCAGUGCCCAAACAAGAAACGGCCGGACCGCCCAUUUGAACUCGCCUUUUUCAUCAUUCACGUCGCGAGCGACGGACUGAACAAGGUGAUCUGUCCGUACCUGAUCACGGUCAAAAAUGGUGGGCGUAUCCACGAGCUCGUUCAUAGGAGUAGGGAUAGCGUGUGCAGGGAAUAUCCUCAUUAGUCUCGCUUUGACCAUCCAAAAGCUAGCGCACAGAAAUAACGAAGAAGCUCUGCAUGUUGAUCAAGAUCCUUCCGCUUCCGACUCUGAACCUCCUUCCCCACCUUUACGUCCCAGGUCCAGGACCAGAUUCGGUGACCCUUCCCCUAUUCUGGAGGAGAGCGAACCUCCUACACCGCAUCAUGAUAGAUUUAUUCACGACGACGACGGGAGUGAGAAUGGGGGCAGCAGUAGAGACGACCGAAUGGGUGAGGGACGGUAUGGUCUAGGGCUUGAAGAUGUAGUCGCUGUGCCGGUGACUUUCAUCUCCGAAAGAAGCAAAUCCAACCCAGAAGCGACACGUAUUACCAGCUAUCAAUCCAAUGAUCUAUCACGCUCCUCUUCACGUGGUCCUCCUCCAGUACCCAUCUUCCCGCCUAAGCAUACCUCCCUUCGAGUGAAGCUAGACCCAAAUCCUCCCGCCCCUCGUCAUUCGCGACAUGACGAUCCUGAGGACGAAAGUGAAGAUGAAGAAGAAGAUGGAGAUGAUGAAACCGUGGGUCUGAAAAUUACAGAUGGCCGGGAUAUCGGUAAAGUAGAGGAAGGAAUGUACUUGAAGAGCAAGUUGUGGUGGCUAGGUAUGGUUCUGAUCGCCGUUGGCGAAGGAGGAAACUUUUUGAGCUAUGGUUUCGCCCCUGCCAGUGUCGUAGCGCCUCUGGGCACAGUCGCAUUGAUUGCGAACUGUAUCUUUGCGCCCCUCAUCCUUGGCGAGCGAUUCAGAACAAGGGAUAUGGUAGGUAUGGCGCUUGCCAUCAUUGGGGCUGUGACAGUGGUCCAAGCAAGUAGCGAUACAAGUCCUCGCCUCGACCCCGACCAACUGCUCAUGGCCCUUACCCGCCUGCCUUUCCUUCUCUACACCCUCUUCUCCCUCCUUCUCCUACCACCCCUCCUUUUCCUGUCCAAUUCUUCUUUCGGCCAGGUCCAUCUCACGAUAGACGUUGGUAUCUGUGCCCUCUUUGGCGGCUUUACAGUGCUGGCCACGAAAGCGCUUUCAAGUCUUUUGAGUGGGGACUUUGUAGGGGCGUGGAAGAGUGGCGUCACGUGGGCCUGUUUGGCUGUUGUUGGAGGGACGAGUUUAGGGCAGAUUAGAUGGUUGAACAGGGCUUUAAUGAGGUUCCAAAGCAAGGAGGUUAUACCAACACAGUUUGUUCUUUUCACGCUGGCAGCAAUCAUCGGCUCAGCGGUGCUUUUCCAAGAGUUCAGAGAUAUAACAUUAUCAAGGUUUAUCAACUUUGCCUUUGGUAUUGCAACGAUUUUCCUGGGUGUCCAUCUUCUCACGUCCAUCACCUCCCCGACCCUUAUUGAGAAAGACGAAGAGGGAAACCAAGCUGCAGCCGAGCAAUCUUACGAACACGUCCCGAUACCAUACACCACAUCUUCCACGUCUCUCCACCGCUUUUUCAGUAAUACCUCUGAACGAACGCCUCUUAUCCGCUCAAUCACCCCUACCGCUGUACCUGUUCCCACUCCUUUUUCUACUGGCCGUACUGCCGGUAUAGAUGGUCUACCGAGAAGACAUAGUGAUGCCCCUCUCGCGCGCGCACCCUACUCGGCACCCCUGGUCGGUCCGAGUGUGUAUGCGCCCACUGCUGCUACACAUGGCAGGACCCGACUGGGUAAACGGACGUCGGCUUCUUCCUUCCAGUCAUCGAUCCCCAAGCUGGGGCUGGGCAGUCAAGCGGGUUUGUUAUUGAUAGCUACUACUCCGCCAAAUACAGGCUACCUCGCGAGCCGAGGGAGAGAGUGGAGUGUAGGCCCUACUGGCAAAACCGGGGGAGGAGGGGUUGGAGUAGGCGAGGAAGAGGCGAGUUUAGAGACGAGUUUAGGGGAUGAAGACGAAGGAAGACGAGGAAGGAGUAAAAGUAGUGCCAGUCUUUUCCCUCGUUCUCGCACGCCUUCUGUAGCAAGACCUGGGGGAAGGGAUAAGGGCAGAUAAGCGUCACACCAUCACGGUUUGGUAAAAGGUGAAAGAAAAGAUACAUUGGUUUAUUUUUUGUCCGCUGGUGAUACAAUAAACCCUGGUAACCCAUCUAAAUGUCCUAAUAAAAAUCAAAUUAAACCCGUGUCUGUUCUCAUUGUUGUUUGCGAGCACCGAACCGCUGUCGAGGGUUGAAUAGGCAACUGGGCGAUCCGGAAUCCUUGCCAUCGAGUACAAAGCCAGAUUGACAAGAAUCUGAAAAGUCUGUUGACAACGCUAACAGACUUUCAGAGAAAGAGCAACUUACCAAUGUGACAUUGUCCAAGCACGCAUUGUACUGAUGAAACGCCUGGUAUGGCUGUGCAAUCUACAGAAAACCAUGUUGGCAAUUUGGGAUCAGGUCGUAAAUAAAAAGGCGUACCGACUGUUUCCGAUUCUCCCGGGCAUCCACCACAAGUCGUCAAGCCAAAAGUAACACUGUUCACUCGAUAUGAGCUUUGGCGCUCACUUGCCAUAAAACGAAAAGGAAUGAAAAGACAAACUCGAGACAGGCCCACUCUCCUCCAACUUUACACGCCCUCUGCCCCCAUCCACAGAGCAGUCCUUCGCUCCCUUUUCUUUCCGCUUCAAUCCCUUUCAUGGGUGCUUGAUCAUUCGCCCCCGACGACUCGCGCAUCGAUCCCUUCUUCUUCCUAGAGAUGAACUUCAACGUCUGUUGUCGUUGCGCUUGAUCGGCCGUGAGCUGGCUCGGACGAGGAUGGCAAGAGAGGAUGCCGCGGUUAUCGUAAGACGGGGUAAAAGAUGGAGGGCAGUGGCAUUGUCUUGUAGCUUCAUUGUAAACUGGGAGGCUUGUCAGAUUUGGAACUGUCAAUGGGUUCCUACGACACUUACACUGGUGUUUACCCCAACACUCACACACCUUGACCAAACGCCAGUCUGUCACCUCGUAAUACAUGAUCGUGUUCUUUGCAUCUGGGCAGGUCAAUAACCCUUCCCUACUUAUGCCAUGCGCUUCUUGGGAAGUGGUGAUAGCUGACUCGAGGGACAAGUCGGGAAGACAAUCGUAAGCUGUAUGGUCACUGGUAAGAAGGUUGCAAGCGGUAUUGGUAUUGUCAUGGCGCGAGGUUGGGAGAGAGAAUAUUUGGGGAAGGAGGAGGAGAAGAACAGGGAUGAUCAUUGUGACGGUUGGUGCUUGGUGCGGGAGAAGGAAGGAAAAAGUCAAAAGAGUGAGACAGAAUGGAGGGGAAUGGGAAACACUAUUCCGUUCUUUCCGCCU